ACUGUUGUAUGUUCUGCCAAUCGCUGGAGGACAGAGUGGGAAAAGGAACAAGCAGAGUUAGAGGCAGGACAAAAGAAGUUAUAUAGACCGCUAUACACUAAUAUAUUAUUUAUAUAUGAAUGUUUUGGAAGGCGCGUAGCGGGGAAAAAACAAUACCGGUGAAUGUGGAUGGACUAGGCAGCCAGUAGUAAUGGAGCCCCCUUUGAGCAAGAGGAAUCCGGCGCUAAGAUUAGCGGAUUUGGCAGCGACUCAACCCCUUCCUCAUCAGAGUGUGACAGGCUUCCCGGGGAUAGGGGGGCAUCACCCUCACUCCCACCAUGCCCACCUCCACCCUGGGGAGGUGGGCAACGACCCCGGAGUGGCACUCACUCCGUUCGGACCCGAGCACAUGGCACAGACAAAUGCUCUCAAACUCAGUCCAUCUCAGCACAUUCAGAGCCACCCCGAAGCCCAGACGGCGGCAUCUUUCACUCCUUCGCAGACCACAGUUGGUUUCCCCGUGGCUCACCCCCACUCAAGCUACGCCACCAACAGGGACUACAUCCUCAGGAGAGAGCUCUCGGCCUCUGCUAUGCACGCGCUUGGCGACCAGCAUAGUUCCGCCUCCUCCCCCCAUCACCAUGGCAUGUUCAUCUCCCCAACAGGUGCUUAUGGGCACGCGGAAGGUGGUGCCCAUCCUCUUUUCUCUGGACUUCACGAUCAAGCGGCACCCGUGGCCCAUCAUCACCACGCUCUGAACGGGCAGAUGCGCUUGGGUCUUCCGGGGGACAUUUACGGAAGGCCGGAGCACUUCGGCCACAGGCCCGAGCACUAUGGACCGUCCUCCAUCAACAGCUACAACUCCAUGAACUUAAAUGUGAACAUCGCUUCAGCUCCUCACGGAGCGGCGGGGGCGUUUUUACGGUAUAUGAGGCAGCCCAUCAAGCAAGAGUUAAUCUGCAAAUGGAUUGACCAGGAACAAACUUCAAAGAAGCCCUGCUCCAAAACUUUCAGCACCAUGCACGAGCUGGUUAACCAUGUCACCGUGGAGCACGUCGGGGGACCGGAGCAGAGCACGCACGUUUGUUUCUGGGAAGAGUGUCCGCGAGAGGGGAAAGCUUUUAAGGCGAAGUACAAACUGAUAAAUCACAUCCGAGUUCACACGGGAGAGAAACCGUUCCCUUGCCCGUUCCCAGGUUGUGGAAAAGUGUUUGCUCGCUCGGAAAACCUAAAGAUCCACAAGCGGACACACACAGGGGAGAAGCCAUUUAAAUGUGAAUUUGACGGAUGCGACAGAAAAUUCGCCAACAGCAGCGACAGGAAGAAGCACUCUCACGUGCACACGAGCGACAAGCCGUACUACUGCAAAGUGAGAGGCUGCGACAAGUCCUACACGCACCCCAGCUCCCUGCGAAAACACAUGAAGGUUCACUGCAAGUCGCCUCCCCCCCCGUCCGCCGACGCCGAGACGUACCACUCCAUCACCAGCUCGCUCGGAACGGCCCUCCCGCCGACCCCCGAGCCUCGCAGGAGCCGCUCGGCGAAUCUCUCCCCUCAGGUUACCAACCUCAACGAGUGGUACGUGUGCCAGGGGAGCGCGGGACCUAACAAUCUUCACACGCCGUCCAGCGACGUGCCGACGUCGGACUCGGAAGGGGAGGACUCUUUUCGUAACUCUGAUCCAAGGACGAUGCUCUGACACUGUCCGUUUUGAACACACACGUUACUGACCCAAAUAACCCCUCGUCCCCCAGUCGCCCACUAGGAAAGUGUUAAAUACACAGGAAAUAUAAGCAUCCUUUUCUCUCUUUCUUUUUGACAAUGGAACACGAAGAAGUGCAGCAGAUGAUGUCAAACGGUGAAUAACAAAGGCCUUCAAAAAUCUAUUUUCGUACUUACUGUAUUUAAUAACGGUAAACAGCAUACAGAAAUUGCCUAUCUUUUCAAACCAUUCCAUUUCAAAUGUAAAUUUACAUUAGAGUCACUAGGAUCAAGGGAAUAGCCUACGUGCAUACAUACCAUGUGAUGGGGGCACACCAGUAGAUUUAAUGGCGAAUAAUUCAUUUUGUUCCCUGUAGUAAAUGCCAAAAACUACUGGAAAACCUCCUAUAACUUGUCCACCAGAAGACGAAAAAAAUCUCUCAAAUCAACCUGCAUAGGUUGGCUAAAGCGCAGGCUACACACAUCUGUAUGCAUAGUGUCACCUCGCUAACAUGAUUCAGUCGUCGCUGAUUAAUUAUGUCCAGAUGACAUUGUCCAUAUGAUCUCAUCAUUAUCGCGACCCUUCAAAGUUUAACCAGUCGGAUCCAUCAUAGUCUCAUCUGCGUAAGUUUAAUAAGUCCAUGUACUAUCAAAGGGAGGAGGCCGGGCGUUAUCUGGAACAGUAUUAGGUACACGCAUUUAAGAUUAAUGUACAAUUAUUAAAUGUGCUAUCAAUGAAACACAGGCACGCGGGGAACAUUUUUUAAACCUAUAAAGCCUCAUAGAACAUUCCAUGCAAGAGCCUAUUAUAGCAUUUGCAUUGAAAACAAUGCCACGGUGGGGACCAACAUUCACCCAGUUUCUGCAUAUAGACACACAAAGGCAAAGGAAGCUUUGCAAACGUGUGUGCAUUGUCGAAGUUUACACAGUAUGUAAGUUCUAAUGAAUUUUGUGUUGUAUUUAAAAGCUAUUUAAAAUGAUAUUUUAUGCAAAAUUCACAUCAUUAUACAAACUCGUUUAAGAGUACUAAUUUGUCCUUCGAGACCCUAAAUCUGUAAUCCUGGCAGGCCUAUCCCUGACGGAUUUGUAUAUAAUUGUAUUGUUGAUCGUGAACCGUUGAUGUAGUCUUUAUUACAAUAAUGUUGUUUUGUAAAUUGUAAUUUAUUUGAUGGCGUAACGUUGUCCCGAAAUUACAGAUACACCAAAGAAUGAUAAUAUUAAUUUUGGUGAAAUUUAGUGAUGCCUUUUUCCCGUGGUCUCUUAUUCUCAGCCUACUUGAAUAAGCUCUGUAAUGUGAAAUAAACUCUCCCUUUCCCUCUCCGUCUCCGGCUCUCGCGCAUGUCCAGUGUAGUACCUCUGUAUUUAUCGUUGAAAUGCAUGACGCUGUCCAUUUUGAAAGAACAAAAAAGAAAAUUAAACAGCUUUCACUUUGGAAGUCUUUGAUGUUGGUGGUAAAAUUUAUAAUGGCUAUAUUCAACGUAAACUUCAUAAUGAAUAAACAGAACAUUUAAAUAUGG